AUGGAAGUAGCUGGCCUAACCAUCGGGGCCGUGGCCCUAGUCAGCUUAUUCAAAGACUGUGUUGACCUCUUUUCCAUGAUCACAUCAGCUCAUGACCUGGGAAAAGAUGCCGCCAUUCUAGAUACGAAGCUUGAUGUUGAGAAGAUGCUUUUCCUUCAGUGGUCUGACCGGGUCGGACUGUUGAAGCAGGACUCCACCAACGCUAAUGCGGUGUUGUGCAAUCCGGAUACUCGGCAACUCGUUUCACGUGUGCUGGAAAGCGUCAAAGCUCUGUUGAGCGAAGGCCAGGCUUUGCAAAGAGACUAUGGUCUCAAACGAGUCGAUGCGUCUGCCGAGUCAACCACGGGCUACCAAGGCGCCAGCUCUUUUCGAUUCAGGAAAUUCCUCAAACAGUUUGAGGAGCUAAAAAUCAAACCAGACACUGACCGGCACAGUAACUUGACAGUUACCAAGCAGUUCCGCUGGAUCAUCGUCGAUAAGGAAAAGUUCAACUCGCUCAUCGACCACUUGUCAUAUUUUAAUACAUCCUUGAAUAAUCUUAUUCCAAUCUCAUCAGAUUCUGAAGCAACUUCGUCCAAAAAUGAUCUGGACCACAUCAAAGACCUUGCUGAACUUGACUUGGUCAUCGAAGUAACAUCAAAUACGAGACCGAGCGUCAGUGAAGCUGCUGUUGCUGCUAAGUCUGCAAUCAUCUCGUCCCGAGUUAUCCGCUCCCUCUGGUUCCGCUGGUACGACGACCGAAGGGUCAAUAUCAAGAGUCCUCACUUCAAAACUCUCCAGUGGGCUCUUGACCCACCCAGCGACUAUCUUCAGUGGGAUGAUCUCAACACUUGGUUACAGAGCGCUUCUGGUCUAUACUGGCUCUCUGGAAAGCCCGGAAGUGGCAAGUCGACUCUGAUGAAGUAUCUUCAUCAGAACGGCAAAACGAAAGCUCUCCUUGAAACCUGGGCCAAUGGCUCAGAGCUAAUCUCGGCAAGCUUCUUUUUCUAUGCCCUUGGGAAACCGGAACAAAAGUCACAGUCUGGGCUUCUACGUAGCCUGCUCUAUCAGAUCUUGCAGUACGACCCAAGUGUUACUGAGCACGCUCUUCCGCACAUGUGGAGAGAAGCGUGCUACAAUAAUCAAAGCUCUCCUGAACUCGAGGUCCCAUCUAUUGAUGAGAUGGCAACUGCUUUGAAGGUUCUAUGUUCAACGCUCCAUGCUGACAAGAAAAUAUUUCUGUUGAUAGAUGGCAUCGAUGAGUAUGAAGGAAAGGAUCUCGAUAUUGCAAGAUUCAUCAACGAUCUUGAAUCGUUUUCAAAUGUCAAGAUUCUAGUGUCGAGUAGACCGCACCCAGCAUUCAUGACCGCAUUUGGACAAAGGCCAAAGAUGAACCUACAGGACUUGACGAAACGCGAUGUCGCUACGUAUAUUCAGGAUACUGUGGCUUCUCAUCCAUAUAUGAGAUCAGCGUCUCACUUCCCGGUCGAUAGAGUCACUCAAAAGCUUGCACAUAAGGCAUCCGGCGUCUUUCUUUGGGUUAUUCUUGCUUGUCGAUCUGUUGUCGAAGGUUGCGAUGACUUUUGUACCAUAACUGAGCUCGAGGUAAGAGUUGACGAAUUGCCCAAGGAACUUGAGGAUCUCAUCGAGCAUAUGCUUGAGAGCAUUGACCCAAGGUGGAAGCUAGACGCUAUGAAGCUCAUGCAUAUCGUCUACACAAAUGAAGGGUGCCAAGGAUUCGACCCCAUUCCAACACUCGGCCUAUACUUGACACAAGAAAACGGGCUCGGAAGGGAUACGAGUCUAUCAGGAAUAAUACCCAGAAAGUUCGCGUUGCCAGAAAUGGAAGCCCAAUGCCGGGUCAUGGAGGGCCGACUAAGAAGUCGGUGCUGCGGCCUGCUUGAAGUCCACUACGGUCAUCGCGAUGAGAGCAACAUUGAAGAUUGCAUUGUCAAGUUCAUGCACAGGACUGUUUACGACAUGUUGUUGCAGCCAGAAAUCCACAAUCGCCUGUUCAGAGACCUUCAACGCGAAAACUUCAACAGCUACGCAGUUUUGUCUGAGAUUUGGUGUCGAAUGGCCACGACACCCUCCGAUUCUGAUUACAUCUUCUUUAAUGCCUUAUAUCUUCUGGUUUUUGGAGAUGCAGAGGGAUGCCUGCCUGAAGUUACACUGCAUCUCCUGUCGAGGCUCCAAUUCGUAUUUGGACAAUUGAGUCUUUCUCCAUGGGUGGGAGCUCCACGCUACUUACAACAUGACGAAAAGUGCGGCAGAUACUGCAGCGACUUCUCGUUGGCUCUUACUCUGGCCAUCGAGAUGGGCAUGGAUAACGUCGUCCGCUUUGUCUUCGAGAACAGCCCCUCUUUGAAUAGCUUACUCUUUCGCCAUCCAGACCUUGCAUUGCUAGGAGAAUGCCAGCCUACGUGGCGUCCAAGGAAUAGAAAUAGUCACCAGUUGAGUUGUCACAAGAGUGGAAAGCUUCUUCAGACCACAUACCCCUUACUGUAUCACGCUAUCGUGCGGCCUUUUCUUAGUGAUUACUUUGCGUAUGAUCGCAAUAUCCGACAAAAGGCAUCUUUGUCUCUAGCCCGGCUUAUCAUACAGAUGCAGAUGGAAGACGACCCAGGUGUUCAGUCGGCAAAGUCAUUGGGUGCGAGACUAACCCUUCAUGGUCUUGAGGAAGCCAGCUCAGCUACACUUCUACAAGAAAUAAAUGGUCUGGUCAGCUCGGAUGAAGAAAAGGAUGGAUGGGAAGAGGUGAAAAUGCUGUGUGACGAACAGCUCGAAGGCCUCUCUGGGCGCAUCACACCAACAAGGCAGCCCUUGUGGGCGGAACCGGAGAUGAGGACUCCGAAAGGGGGGCUUGGUGGUACAGAUGACUCUUUACAUCAUUCGAGAAACAGAAAGACGUAG